AUGCCUGUUUCUACAAUUUCUUAUUCUUCCGAAUCAAUUGAAUUAGAUUCAAUUGGACCAAGAGAACCACGUGGAAAUGCUUCCGUUUCUCGUGUGAUCGUAGCUCACCAGCAAUCUGGAGAUAAAAGAAAACGAAGAUAUUCUCGAAAAAUAAGGAUGGCAUCACGGGGCAGAGUUUGUUGCAUUGGUCUCUCAACAACCCUUGCUAUAAUCUCAAUAAUCAUACUGACAGUAUGCUUGUUUUCGGCAUCAUUCCGUUACAACUCUGACGCUUUGGGUGGAUUGAAGAACUAUGGAUUGUUCAGAUUUUGCUAUACUCCAGAGUCACAAUCACUAACUCGAGAUGAUGACAGUAAUUCCAAAAUAUGUCAUCUUCGGAAUUAUAUAAAUUCUGCUUACUGUCAAGAUCGGACGAAUUCAAACCAUGAAAAAUCAACGAGAAACUGUUUUGGAGAUUUUGAUCUUGCCACUAUAAUUCUUAUAUCAGCUUCAAUGGGGUGCUGUAUUCUUUCUAUUUGCUUCUCAGUUUGCACAAUUUUCACUUCUUUCGGAGCACUGGCUCAAAGUGUUGUUCUCGUUGCAGCAGCUAUAUGUUCUCUGUCUGGAUUCUUGGUCUACACUUACUUCUAUGAAUUAAAAGAUAACCAAUACGAAUUAGUGUCUGGCUAUCAGUAUCAGAUUCAUUACGGAUGGGCAUAUUAUCUCUUCGGUUUCUCUUCUCUCCUCCAGUGGGUUUCAUUCGUUUGCAGUUUGUUUGGAUCGGCAUUUGUAUUGGUCCAUAAAAACAAGAAACGACAGUCAAAAGUGACCAGCACGUCUCUCUAA